AUGACUAAUAUUAAUAUAUUUGUUUACCUUUUUAUUUGCCCCAUUAAUUUGUUAUAUAUUUUAGAUACACCUUGUUAUAUUCACAAUUUAAAUAAAAAAAUAAAAAAUAAAAAUUUAUUUAUAUAUGGUGAUAAGAUAAAAAAUGGAAAAUAUUCUUUACAUUAUGAAGAAUAUGUAUAUGAAGUUUCAAAAGUAUAUUAUGAUAUAAUUUUAAAAAAUAAGAAACAAAUAAGAAACAACCAAGAAAAUAACUAUGACUUAAUAAAGAAUAAUAAUGAUUACCAAUUAAAAGAAGUACGUUCUGAUAAAGACAAGAUACAUUUAUUUUAUGAAAAAGAAAAAAAUAAAGUAGAAAUACAAAUAGAUAAAAUAAAUAAUGUUGCUAAUUAUUUAGACUUAUUUAAAAAUGGUUGUAUAUAUAAAUUAAAUGAUAAAGAUUAUACCUUAUUAAAAAAUGUUAAAGAUAGUAGUAAAGAAACAAUGUUAAAUAGUUAUUAUAUUUAUAUAUAUAUAAUGUUUUUUUCAUUAUGUAUAUAUUUAGAAAAAAGUUUAUUUAUAGCUUUUCCUUUAUUAAGGAAAUACGAUAUAAUUAUAACACUAUUUAUUAUAUUUAUACCUAUAAUAUUUUUUUUAUUUUUUUAUUUUUAUAUUAGCACAUUGAAAAUAUUAGUAAUACAUAUUUGUUUAUAUGUAUUAUUUUUCGCGUACUAUUUGAAAAAAAAAAAAAUAAAAAUAGAAGAAAUAUAUAAUAGAAAGAUGGUGAAUACAAAAAAUGAUAAUUAUCAUUCAUAUACAUAUAAAGCUAAUUUUAGGUUGACAAAUAUAUGUAUUAUUAAUAUAUGUAUAUUUGCUGUAGAUUUUUUUUUUUUCCCAAAGCAUUUUACAAAAUCAGCUUACUAUGGUAAUACGCUAAUGGAUGUGGGUAUUGGUAAUUGCAUUAUUUCAAGUGCUUACUCUUUUAAAAAAAAGAAGUUUGAAUCUAUAAGAGAUCAUAAGAAAAUAAUUGAAUUAAAGCAUAUAAUAUUAUUUGUUCUAGGUAUAUCCAGACUUAUAGCUAUUAGACUGUUUAAUUAUAAACACAAUGUAACCGAAUAUGGGGUAGACUGGAACUUUUACCUAACGUUAUUUAGUACUUUUGUUAUAUCUAACAUCUUUUUUGUUAUUUUAAAAAAAGUCAAGACCGUUUUUAUAUUUAGCUGUAUCUCUAUUUUCCUUUUUGAAAUAUUUAUUCACUACUUUAACAUUCGUAGUUAUUUAUUGUUACAACAAAAUAGAACCAACAUUUUUUCAUCAAAUAAAGAAGGACUAUUUAAUACUAUAGGAUCUAUUAAUUUAUUUCUGAUUUCAUUUGCUAUUGGUCAAUAUGUAAUAGAUGAUGAUAUUUUUCCUAGAAGCACAAACAAAAAAAUAUACAACAUAUAUGGAAAAGAGGAAAAAAAACAAAUAAAUUUAAAAAACACAAAAAAAGAAAAUACAAAAUAUGAGCACCAAUAUUAUUUAUUAUAUAUAAUUUAUAAUUUUUUAAAUCAUAUAUAUUUAUUUAAGAAAAAGUAUUAUAAUAUCUAUUUUAAUAUCAAAUUAUUCUUAAUGUCCCUAUUAUUUUACUCUUUUCAUUUUAUUCUUAAUUCAUUUGGAAUUUAUAGUGUUAGAAUUUUAUGUAAUGCAAAUUACAUUUUUAUUACCUUAUCAAUUUCUUUAUUUGCUGCAGGUAUGAGUUAUUCAAUAGAACUAAUGCUUAUGGAAAACAUAAAUAUAAAUAUUUUAGAUAAACUAAAUAAUAAUUCACUACAAACAUUUCUUUUUUGUAAUAUAUUAGUUGGUAUUUUUAACAUUUUAUUUAAAUCUUUAUUAUAUCCUCUUAUUUUAGCAAUUGCAAUCUUAAUAUUAUAUACCUUUUUAUUUUUGAUUUUCACUUACUACUUGCCAUUUUAUUCAAAAACGAGAACAAAAACAUAG